AUGACAAGCAAUAAUGAACAUGGUUCAAUCAAUGAAUUUUUCAAUGGUAAAUCUGUAUUUAUAACAGGUGGAACUGGUUUUGUUGGAAAACAAAUUAUUGAAAAACUUCUCCGAUCAUGUUCAGAUAUUCGUUGUAUCUAUAUAUUAAUCAGAUCGAAACGUGGUGCGAAUAUAAAUAUUCGAAUUGAUCAAUUGUGUUCGUCACCUUUAUUCGAUAAAAUUCGUUCGUUAAAUCCAAAUUUUCAAUCGAAAUUAAUUCCAAUCAAUGGUGACUUGACAAAAGUCAAUUUCGAUUUGACUCAUGAAGAUGAACAACUCAUCGUUGACAAUUGUCAUGUUAUUAUCAAUUCAGGUGCAUCAGUUCGAUUUACCGUUCCAUUAAAAGAAGCGAUCAAAUCGAAUGUUUUAUCCGUUCAAAGUAUCAUUAAUUUGUGUAAAAAGAUGAAACAACUGCAGUCGUGUGUUCAUAUUUCAACUGCGUAUGUUCAUUGUUAUCGAACAGAUAUCGAUGAAAUCAUUUAUCCAACCAAUGAAAACCCAAGUGUUUUAUUAGAUACUCUCGAAUUUUUUAAUGAGAAGAUUUUCGAUCAUUUUUCCAAGAGAGUUUUAGCGAAAUUUCCCAACACAUAUACAUAUACAAAAUCAUUAGCUGAACAAUUGAUUUUACAAGAAGGAAAAGAUUUACCUAUAGCGAUUGUUCGACCUUCAAUUAUCGGUGCUGCGUGGAAAGAACCAAUUGAAGGCUGGAUCGAUUGUAACAGUGGUGUAACAAAUGUUCUUGUCACUACUGGAAAACGUUUAUUACGAACAAUAAUGUCAAACUCAAUAGUUGAUCAUCCAAUGAUUCCUGUCGAUACUGUGGCAAAUAUGACGAUUGUUAUUAGCUGGUUUACAGCUGUGAAUCAAAAUUUAUCAUCAAAUCCAACUGUUUAUAAUUGUUGUUCUGGAACAAAGACGAAAACUUGUUUAAAUCUUCAAGAUUUUUUACAAACAAUAAUUACCGAACAAAAAGCGAUUCAAUAUGAAAAUUAUCAAUUCAUCGAGCCACAUCUGAAAAUUUCGACUAACAGAGUUUCUUAUUAUUCUCGACGCUUCAUUGGAGAAAUUCUUCCUGCGUAUCUAAUGGAUUUCUUUGCUUUUGUGACUUUUCGAAGUGGAAAAAUGAUCAAAUUAGAUAAAAAAAUCAACAAUUUAAUUCGAUCAAUGGAACCUUUUUCUCAAAAUCAAUGGAUUUUCUCGAAUAAAAAUAGUGAAAAUUUAUUAAAUCAAAUGAAUCAUUUCGAUAAACAAAUUAAAACGAUGGCUUUUGUUGUUAAUCAAUUGGAAACAUGUGAUACACUUUAUAUUCCUAAACCACUCGAUAUAUCGAAAGAACUUUCAUUUCGAGAUUCUUCAUUGGCCAUUGAAUUUCAAUCAAUUGAAGAAAGAGAAAUUGACACCCUCAACUUGGUCAAAUUAGUACAAAGAACUCAUCGAGCAUACGAAGCAACUGCUCCUUUACGUUUUCUUUUACUUCUCUUCGCUGCUGGAUCUGUUCAAGGAUCUGGUCAAUGGUGGGUACGUGGUCAUCGUACACAUCAUCGUUAUGUUGUUACAGAUCUCGAUCCUUAUAGUGCACAUAAAGGAGUUUUACGUCUUGUGAUCAUUCAUCAUUCAACAUUUUGUGUCAAUUCAUUGGCACAUUAUCUGGGUGAUGCAACUUUUGAUGAUAAACAUUCCCCACGCGAUCAUUUAUUCACAGCUCUUUUGACGUUCGGAGAAGGUUAUCAUAAUUUUCAUCACGAAUUUCCAUCAAAUUAUCGAAAUGGAAUCAAAUGGUUUCAUUACAAUACAACGAAACUUUUUAUUCGAUUGUUUGGAAAACUUCACUUAGCGAACCAUUUGAAACAAUUUCCAACGAACGAAAUUGAAAAAGGUCGAUAUGAAAUGGAAAGAAAAAAAUUAAAUCAAUUCAAAGAAAAACUCAUUUGGCCAAAGUCGAAUUUACCAAUAAUUUCUUUCAAAGAAUAUCAAAUCUUAGCAAAGAAGACGAACGAUCGUAUCCUUAUUUUAAUUGCAGGUUUUAUCCAUAAUCUUACUCAUUUUAUUGAUGCACAUCCAUGA